AUGCGUGUGUUUCAUCGUGUAGCACAAAUUGGCCAAAGGGUGAAUUCUGCGACGCGUUUCCAACGUCAAGGAGUUUCACGUGAUGUGGCACUCGCACGGUGGAAUGCGCGCCCUGUUGAUGAUGCUAAAAAGGAAGAAGAAGAAGUAACUAAUAUGGUUGGUAAAGGCAUGAAAUUUGCGUCAAGUGUAACUAGCCGCAGUUGGAAAGCGUCCCGUAGUAGCGUCGCCUCAACGAUUGCUGACGUGAGUUGGGAUCUUUGUGAACGAUUGGAUUUUUAUGUACAGUACAGUGUACCAUCUAAUUGGCUAGUAACAGAGCGAGUGAAUGAGAAUAGCAUCGCCGUUCAAUGCAGACCUCCGUGGACAGGGAAAGGGGAAGAAAGACCAACGGUACAUGGUUUCUCAUUGAAUUGUUUUGCGUAUAAGCAAAAGGUAAAAAACCCAGACAGUGAGAAACUUCUUAAUUUGUUUCUCCAACGUUUUAAUGCGUCCGUAUCUAAUUCAUUGGAAGUGGUCUCCCAGUCAUCAGGUUCCAAAGACAAAACACGCCAUAAUGAUUCUUCUGAUAAGAGUAUUAGUGAAUCUCUGGCGAGUCGAUUGGACUGUGCUGUGGCGGAAAUCACAUUUACACCCGUCGUUGGCGAACCACUAGCUCACGGACUCUGCCGUGCAUUCUACAACUCGAACCACAGGUUCCAUUAUGUUGUUGUUGUUGCGGUCCCAGAGGAUGAGUUUGAGGUUUCGAAAGACCUUCUCACGCAUGCAUUGCUUGCAGUCGUAGAGAGCCGAGUUGAAGCUGCGGCAAAACGCACUUAA